CGUCCUUGUUCUUGUGUUGUGCGCGGCGGCGCAGCGCCAAGGUACAAGGGUUGCUGUCGUUGUCAUCUCAGUCGCGAUUUCCUUGUACUGGCAUCGCGCAGCAGCUGCGUCGCUAAGAUUCGCCCUGCCUACCAAGAUGGCUGCAAGAGUAACGAAGGCAUUGCGGGCGCUCAAGUCCAUUUGUCACUCUCGGGCACUGUCAACCGAGGCAGCUGCUGCUGCAUCCAAGGCCAACCACUCUGGAUAUUACUUCGAGCUGUCGGAUGAGCAGAAGGAGUAUCAGAACUUGGCACGAAAAUUCGCACGUGAAGAGAUCCUGCCCAAGGCAGCGCACUAUGAUCGCACUGGGGAGUUUCCGUGGGACAUUGUCAAGAAGGCCUUUGAAGUUGGGUUGAUGAACCUCUCCAUUCCUGCCAAGUAUGGCGGACCUGACUUGAAGAGCUUUGAGGUGUGCCUGUGCAUCGAGGAGUUUGCGCACGCCUGCUCGGGAAUCUGUCUCGCUUUGACAGGUUCAGAGCUUGGGCAAACACCAGUCAUUCUUUGCGGCAGUGAAGAGCAGAAGAAAAAGUAUCUCGGUCGCCUCACGGAGGAACCCUUGCUUGCAGCAUACUGUGUGACUGAGCCCAGUGCCGGCUCCGAUGUGGCCAGCAUUAAGACGCGAGCCGAACGAAAGGGCGACAAGUGGGUCCUCAACGGCCAGAAGAUGUGGAUCACAAAUGGAGGUGUUGCCAACUGGUAUUUUGUACUGGCACGUUCCAACCCAGACCCUAAGUGUCCGACCUCAAAGGCUUUCACGGCGUUCAUCGUGGAGCGGGACACACCAGGAGUCACACCAGGUCGCAAGGAAUGGAACAUGGGCCAGAGGGCAUCUGACACUCGGGGAGUUACCUUUGAAGAUGUCGUCGUUCCUGAAGAGAAUGUCGUCAUGAAAGAGGGUGAUGGCUUCAAGGUGGCCAUGGGAACCUUUGACCGCACCAGGACACCCGUUGCAGCUGGUGCAACAGGUGUUGCCCAAAGGUGCCUCGACGAAGCAGCCAAGUACAGCUUGGAGCGCAAGGCUUUCGGCCAGCCUAUCUGCAUGCACCAAGCAGUGCAGUUCAUGCUAGCCGAGAUGGCCAUGGGUGUAGAAGUGUCGCGCCUGGCUUGGAUGCGGGCUGCUUUUGAAUCGGAUCAGGGCCGCCGUAACAGUUACUACGCGUCGAUUGCCAAGGCGCUUGCUUCAGAUGUCGCCAACAAGUGCGCCACGGAUGCAGUGCAAAUCUUUGGGGGCAAUGGCUUCAACUCUGAUUACCCUGUCGAGAAGCUCAUGCGUGAUGCAAAAAUUUACCAGAUUUAUGAGGGGACAUCCCAGAUCCAACGACUAAUUAUUGGCCGAGAGCUGCUGGGGAGGUACCACUGAGCGUGAGCCGACACGGACAACCUUUGUGAUAUAACCAGGCCCAGAUUGUUUGGCAAAUGUACUCUUAGACACGCGGGUCAUAUUUUAUAUCUAUAGGAUACCUCUGUUCCUGAUUGGACCUUGGUCUGUUCACCAGCACACUUGUUUCUGAUGAGCUGUGUUCCAGAUUCCAGCAAAUUAGGUGUGUUUUGGUGGAACUUUUAAUAUUUUAUGACUUAUUUCUUUGAUGUAAAGGAAUAAAAAGACGUGCCUCAUA